GUGGUGCUAGAUGUUGGCUGCGGAUCAGGAAUCCUUUCAUUUUUUGCAGUGCAGGCUGGAGCUAGAAAAGUCUAUGCAGUUGAAGCCAGUUCAAUGGCAAAAUAUGCAGAGCUGUUGGUGAGAAGCAACAACCUUUCUGACACGAUCACAGUUCUGUCUGGAAAAAUUGAGGAGAUCUCCCUGCCUGAGAGUGUUGAUGUGGUAAUUUCUGAACCAAUGGGUUAUAUGCUGUUCAAUGAAAGGAUGUUGGAAAGUUACCUCCAUUCCAAAAAAUGGUUGAAGUCAAAUGGAAUGAUGUUCCCAACAUACAGUGACAUUCAUUUGGCUCCUUUUUCUGAUGAGCAGCUGUACAUGGAACACUACUCCAGAGCCAAUUUUUGGCACCAAGAAUGCUUUUAUGGGGUCAACCUGUCCAGUCUGCGCAGUGCAGCUGUGGAUGAGUAUUUCGGACAACCUAUUGUGGAUACUUUUGAUGUGAGAAUUCUGAUGGCCCGGACAGUGAAGUACACCGUUAACUUCAUGGAAGCUGCGGAGGAAGAUUUGCAUAGAGUGGAAAUCCCUUUUGUUUUCCAAAUGAUGCAGUCCGGACUAAUCCAUGGCCUGGCCUUCUGGUUUGAUGUAGCAUUUGUAGGAUCACUGGUAACUGUUUGGUUGUCCACUGCACCGACAGAACCUCUCACUCACUGGUAUCAAGUACGCUGCCUUCUUCAGACACCCCUCUUUGCUAAAGAGGGGGAAACUCUCUCAGGGAAGGUCUUACUUGUUGCCAAUAAGCGACAAAGUUAUGAUAUCCAGAUGGUGGCUAUGGUGGACCAGACAGGAUUUAAAUCUGGUAACAUUCUUGAUUUAAAGAAUCCAUUUUUUAG